GACACAGCUGCUGUGGAUUGUUUUUUGUUUUCAUUAGGAGCAGAAAAUAGGUUUUAGAGCUGAAAUUUUAAGUUAAAGCUUCUGCAAAUAUGAGAGAAUGUAUUUCCGUCCAUGUUGGCCAGGCUGGCGUUCAAAUGGGCAAUGCUUGCUGGGAACUGUACUGUCUGGAACACGGACUUCACCCAGAUGGAAGAAUGUCUGAAACGGUGUCUGGGGGACAAGCAGACUCGUCCUUUGGGACUUUCUUCAGUGAGACUGGCUCAGGAAAACAUGUACCACGAGCAGUUUUUGUUGACCUUGAGCCAACUGUGAUUGAUUCGAUAAAAACAGGCACGUACCGAUCAUUAUUCCACCCAGAACAACUUAUUAUUGGUAAAGAAGAUGCAGCUAACAACUAUGCACGGGGGCAUUAUACAAUCGGCAAGGAAUUAAUAGAUGGCGUGCUUGACCGCAUCAGAAAAAUGGCAAAUCAAUGUAGUGGCCUUCAAGGAUUUCUGGUCUUCCACAGCUUUGGAGGAGGAACAGGCUCUGGUUUUACUUCAUUGUUGAUGGAACGUCUUUCUGUUGAUUAUGGCAAGAAGUCAAAGCUUGAAUUCUCAGUCUACCCUGCUCCACGGGUCUCCACAGCAGUAGUAGAACCUUAUAAUUCUAUCCUAACAACCCACACAACCUUAGAACAUUCAGACUGUGCCUUUAUGGUAGACAACGAGGCCAUCUAUGAUAUCUGCAACCGUAACUUGGACAUUGAAAGACCCUCUUAUACCAACUUGAAUAGGUUAAUUGCACAAAUUGUCUCUUCUAUCACAGCUUCCUUAAGGUUUGAUGGUGCUCUGAAUGUUGACUUAACAGAGUUUCAAACAAAUUUGGUGCCUUAUCCUAGAAUCCACUUCCCACUGGUCACCUAUUCACCUAUAAUAUCUGCUGAAAAAGCUUACCAUGAGCAGCUAUCUGUGCCAGAAAUAACCAAUGCUUGCUUUGAAUUUUCCAACCAGAUGGUAAAAUGUGACCCUAGACGUGGUAAAUACAUGGCUUGCUGCUUAUUAUACAGAGGUGAUGUAGUGCCCAAAGAUGUCAAUGCGGCCAUUGCUGCAAUUAAAACCAGGAGGUCCAUUCAGUUUGUUGAUUGGUGUCCUACUGGUUUUAAGGUGGGAAUUAAUUACCAGCCUCCCACUGCUGUCCCAGGAGGGGACCUGGCUAAAGUUCAGCGUGCUGUCUGUAUGCUGAGCAACACUACAGCUAUUGCUGAGGCUUGGGCCAGGUUAGACCACAAGUUUGACCUGAUGUACUCAAAGAGAGCAUUUGUACAUUGGUAUGUGGGAGAAGGUAUGGAGGAAGGGGAGUUCUCUGAGGCAAGAGAGGAUAUGGCUGCCCUGGAGAAGGAUUAUGAAGAGGUGGGAACAGAAUCUGGUGAUGGGGCAGAGGAAGAGGAGGAUGAUUACUGAACAGAGUUUGUGUGGUGCUAUUGAAGUCAGAAUAAAUUUAAAAAUGUAGGUGACACAAAAUUGUAUAACAUAAGUCUAGGUCAGUUAAUUUUAUACUGAAUCAUUGCUGUGGCUUGUCUUUUCAUUGAUAAACGUAAAGCCCUUGACUUCAUAUCCUACUGUAUUAAAUAUUAUUUGUUGUGGUAAUAAAGAAAUGCAUAACAAUAAA